AUGAUCUCUGGAUCGACAGAGCCGGUUCUCACGCUAGUUAGUGCCCAUCCUGUUGUGCCAGCCUCCCUAAGGUCGCCUGUUACUCCGGGUGGGGGUGCAGGAGAAUCCGGGUCAGAUUCAAAGAAACUAGCAGGACCCGGGGAUUUGGUUGGGAUGCAGAGUCGGUGUCCCAGAAGGGAAAUAGGGGAGGAAGGACCUCAUGCAAAGCGCGGGGGGCGCCCUCGUCCCGCGUUUGGCCGCCCCUCCCUCUGCUCGCUGGGGCGGCUCUCUCUCGGAAGGCAAGGUCGCCCAGCGCCGGCUCACCCAGUUCGCGGGAGAAGUUCUCCUCCGUUUGUUCCCGGACGCCUAGACCACGGCCGAGAUCCUCCGAGCGGCUGGCUCCGGCCGCGCGCUCGUGUCUGCCCGGAAGGCCGUGACGAGGUCGGCCGCCGGAACAGUGCGCGCAGAGGCUUGGCGCCGGGGCUCCCCUCCCUCCCCGGCAGCUGCGAGUGUUCGUCCGGGCGGGAGCGCGUUGGAGGGGAGAGCAGAGAGCGAGGCCCCUCCUGUGUCCUUACGAGUCAGAGCCAUUGUGCCUCCUCGCUGUGCGGUGAGUGGAUAGCGGGGCGCGCAGUGUGGCAGCGGCGGCGGAGAUUGGAGCGAUCAGGCAGAGCAGAAGAGGAGCUGCUGCUAGGGGCUCCCAGGUCCCUGAGAAACCCUUUGCCAGGCGAAAGAGCUGGUCGAGAGAAGCGCUUGGUACCAGCUCUCUGCGGGACCGAAGCUCCAGGCUGCUCGGGAUCCGCGUGUCCGCUGCUGCGGAAGGAGCGGAGGGGAGGAAGCCAGCGGCUGCUUACUGGAGCCUGGAGACUCAAGAACAACCAGAUUCACAGCACUCUGAAUGUGGACUGCCUUCCGCCGCGCAUCGCCUGAAUGCCUCGUUCUUUACAUUUAUUUGGUUAUGUUGGGGGUAUUUAAGCUUUUCCAGGAAGUUGAUAGCUUACAGAUUUUGAAAAGGUCCAACUUGAUUUUAUUCAGUUUCUUAAAAGGAUGUGUUUCCUGUGGGCAAGAAUUAUGGGAAAUAAAUGUCAGUGUCAUAUACAACUGCAAUAGCAGCUUGGAAAUCACCGUCAUUUCCCCCCCCAAAAGUUUUCCCCAUGCAAGUUUUCUUAAUGCCCAGAAGUAGUGCGUGGAGACUUGGCUUGCUUUAUUAUAUGUAAACUGGGGAAGGGGUUUCCCUUCUAUUUUUAAAAUGCAAGAUAUCAGGGACAUUGUCGUUUUCUUUUAUUUCUUUCUAUUUUUCCCAGUGCUGCCCAUAUAACAAAGCACUGUAAAUGUGGAGAGAAUGGAAUACUUUUAAAAUCUGCAGGAAUGAUGAAAGACUUUGCUCUUGCCAGGCUUGCUUGAAGUUUUUAUUUAAAUGCUGGAUCUUUUUGAGUUGAGAGAAGUAAUUUGGGAUAAGACUGCACUAACAUUGAGAGUGCAAUUCAGCAUGGUAAGAUUUUGCAUGUAGUGUAUGUAAUUGAUCCCUAUAGUUGCACGUUAGCUAAUGGCAGAAAUUGCAUGUGAUGAUAGAAGCAGCCCUUAAUUUUUUGGCAAACGAUAUUUUUGGACUGUGGGAAAAUUUUAAAAAAUCAAUAUUAAAAUUUAUGUGGUAAGAAUAUGGAUACAUUAAUGAAAACAGAAAGGCGAGUUAACUUUAAAAGGAUGGUUUAUUGAACAUCAGUGCCUGAGAUUUCACAUCUACAUAUGGUAAUCAGUGAAAUAAAUGAACCAGUUAGUAUUCUAAGCUUGCAAUACUUGGCUGUGUAGAAAAACUGCUGUUACAUUUCAUUUUCAAUCUCGUUUGUGGGAAUAGAAUAAUGUUGGAUGGGUUUAUUAACUUCCUCACACGUGUGUGCUGUAGAAUCCAGGAUGUCCUGUAAAGCAGAGAGACAAGGUCCGAGAUCUGGCCUCAUUACUCCUUGCCAUCUCUCCACUACAAGGUAUUAUUCACAUGAGCUGCAACUAGUGGAAUCUGGAGCUCCUUCCUUUCCUUCUUCUCUUGCUCUAUACACUUGUAGCUUCCAAUUUGUACCUAAAUCUCCCUGCAGUAGGCCCUAUCACUCAUGUAUUCUUCCUCACAAGGCAGCUUUGAGUUAGGGUUGCACUGAAUUGAAAAAAGUUAAUACCCCAAUAAUUAUAUGCAGUUGUUAGAUAUUGAGUGUACCCAGGCCUUCUGCUAAGCCAGGUGCAGGGAGAAGGUAUAAGGGGAGGCUGGAGUACAGCUGAAGUGAUGAGACAAUAGCUAUGAAGAUGGAUUGUACUUAAGGAAAAUUGGGGCAGUGUGGAAGGGAAGGAAUAGUGCUAAAAUCUGAGGGGUGUGUAGGGUGUGUGUGUGUGUGUGUGUGUGUGUAGAGGGAUGAAUUACCUUCAACAGAAAUCAGUCUUAUCUUAGAUCUGCAUGGGCUAGUUUAUCUCAAAGGUCAGACUCCUUGCUUGAUAAAAGCUUUAAAGAGAGUUGAGAAUCCCGAGAAAAUAAACAGCUCUCACUUGUAGUUAUUGGCUUUCAAAUAAACUCUUCAGUUCUAGGGUCUAAACAGUUUUUCUGAAAUUUUAGUGCCUAAGAAUGCAUAACAAUUGAGAUUUAUGACCUCUAACAGGAGAAAUUGGUUCAAGAGGAUCCAAUUAACUGCAUGUUUAACACUAUGGGUGAUUCCAAUUCUCCUAGUUCAAACAUUAUCCUGUGAAAAAUACAGACUUGGUGCUAAUGAACUUGCUUUUGUUAGGGAGGGUGUUGUACACUCACAUUAGUCUAAAGAUCUUUUUUAGUAUUUAUUUUUGAAUUUUCCUUGUUUUCCAUUAUCAAUGUUGUUAUUAUUGUCACAUCUGUCCUGUGAGAUGAUGGCUGUUCUCAAAUACCAAACUUCUAUCAUUUGUGUAUUUGAAGUGCUGGAUGGUGACCAUUUGAGAUGAAAACUAGGAGGAACUGAAACUAAGGUGAUGGAAAUGCUUCACGAUUAUUGAGCAUUAAUAAAUUUUAAAAAAUCAGUGUGUUGAUGGGUUUGGUUAAAAGAUAGCUUUAAGU